AUGGAUAACUUAGUGGGAAAGAGUCCGAGCAAUUUCUUGGUUUGGGUUCCCCUUCAUUUGGCGGGAUCUAUUAUUGCGACAUUUCUAGUUUUCUUCCAUUUAUCAAAAUCAGACUGCUCUCCAAACAGCCCGCGCCCUGCACAGAACACAGGCCUGAAAAAUUCCAUGGCUUCCACUGCAUCAACCUUAUCACUAUUCACUUCACUCCCCGUUCCAUCUCGUAAACCCCAACCUACCUUUCCCAAUUCUCCCUCUCCUCGUAAGCUGGUCUGUCUUCGAACUCCACCCAUCGCGGCCGCCAAAAACCCGGUGAAUUUCGGCGUCGCCGGUCUCGUUGGGGCUGGACUAGUUCUGACCUUCAUCGGACCCGCCUCCGCAGUGAACCUACCUCUAGUGGGUGAGCUCAGCGAGCCCGCUAACGCGCUCUCUUUGCCCACCUGGGCUGUCCACGUGUCGAGCGUUGCGGAGUGGGUUACAGCAAUGGCAUUGGUGUGGCAGUACGGGGAGAAAUCUGGGUUUGAAACCUGGAAGGGGCUCUCUUGGGGUAUGGUACCUUUGCUUGGUGGAGCUCUUUGUGCAUGCACAUGGCAUUUCUUCUACAAUGCAGAGUCUUUAGAGGUACUGGUGGCUCUUCAAGCUGCUUUGACUGUAAUCGGUAACGCCACAAUGGCCAUUGCUGCAUUCCGAAUAUUCAGAGAAUCAGAGGAACGUGCUAAGGAUCUUUGAGCACACAAGGUUCCAUAUUUGUAAAGCCUUUUGUGUUCACAGCAGCAUUUCGAACUGCUUCCUCCAACUUGAAGGAUUUGUGAUAGAUAUGCUGAGCUGUGAAAUGGAUGGAAGGGAAUGCUUCUGUCGGGGAUGAGAAUGUUGAAUUAUUCGUUGUUGUAGCAAAUGGUCAUCAAAGCUGAGAGCUAGCAAAAAGGGGUUGGUAGAAAAGGCAGUUCAUGUUUCUUUGCAGUAACUAUUGUUUGCGUAUAAGAGUUGUGGAGAAGUGAUCCAAAUGAAGUAACUUGGUUUGGAGCUCCCUUGUUAAAGCUAGAUUCUCCCUGUGGAGAAGGUAAGCUUUCUGCCUCAGCUUCUCAUUCUCUUCGAAGAUGGUUCGAUUCUGCAAAUAUAGUUUCAAGUUCUUCAACUCCAUGUCCUUGUAUCCUUCACCACACCUUCUUCUGUUUCUGGUGAGUCCAAUGACUUGAAGUUUAGGUUUCUUGGGUUGUUGCCUUCUUCUUGAAACCUGUAUAGGAGGAGAAGGGGACCUCUCUUCUCUUAGGAUACACAUGAUUCUUCUCUACAAGCGUAAGGGAAAUGGGGGGAAGUUGGGUUUGAGGUAAGGGAUAUGCAGAGUGGAGAUAAAUAUUGGGAUGAAUGAAGAAUGGGAUAUGAGUGUGUUGAUUAGCUAUAUAGUAGUGGGGUGAUGGGGUGUGCAUUAGAUAGAGAGAAGGAGAGGGAGGGAGGGUGAGAGCUCUUUGGUUGUUUGUCCAUGGUAAUGAUUGCAGUUGGGGACUCAUGAUGCCAGAGAGAAAGAAGGAAAGAAACUCUCUUAUGAAGAAUUUGAUUCAUUCAAGGAACUGAAGAAGAGCAAAAAGUCCUGGAAUGAUGAUGAAAGUUUUUUUUUUAUAUAUGAUGGUGAUUCAUUCGAGCCAUCAACAAAGGCCAAAACCCCUCCAUGGAUUGUCCACAACUGCAAUAAUGGCUUUCACAUUACAUGGUUUGCUUUUGGUGCAAUACAAUCAGCAGCAUCCAGUUCUCUUGCUGCCACCAGACGGUAUUGUACAAAGAGUAAGGGGAAGCAUUGGAGCGAUAGAUGGAGAUUGUUGAAGUGCGCCAUGAGUGUCGUGAAUUCCGUUGCAAUAGAGUAGUUGGCAACCAAUUGCCUCUAUACCUCAAUCCUCAAGUCAUAUUUGUCAUCAUCAAUAAGAGCCACAACCGUAGGUGGAGGGGAUGAUCAAAAUACGUAUUAGUAUACUGAGAAAUGGUAGCAGCAAGUGUAUGAUAUUGGUGUAGGCACUAUCCCAUAACCACAAUCAUGCCAUUGUUGAAUAGGGCAACAUAACAUUAAGAUGGCAAAACAAAGGGAAUAUUAUUAUUGACUAGGAUGAGUACUGAUGGAUGGUCACUACAAAAAACGACUAAAAUGUCCCA